AUGCUCCCUCGCAUGCUACCAGGCCUGUUGCCGCGCCGCCUGUUCUCCGUAUCCGCCAAAAUGGCCUCCGCAACCCCCAUGGAAGAUCUGAUGCGCAAUAAGUUUGUCGAAGCGUUCAACCCGAAGACCUUGAUCAUCCGCAAUGAUUCCCACCUCCACGCGCACCACGUCGCCAUGGAAGGCUCCACUUCCAAAGAGACACACUUCCACGUCACGAUUACCUCCGAUGCCUUCGAGAAAAAGAUGCAGCCCGCCCGCCACCGGAUGGUCUACGCGCUCGUGAAGGAGGAAAUGACAGCAGAGGGUGGCAUCCAUGCCCUGCAACUGAAGACCAAAACGCCGGCUGAGGAGCAGCGAGAGUUGGAGAAGACC